UGUUCAAUAAUUAAUUUACAAAUACUUAGUUAGGGCUUUUUGGUGGAAAUCUGGAUUAUGAAGGUAUUUGUAAAAUACGCAUUGUCGACGUCUUGUUUCGUUAUAGCUAUUAAUGUUUAUUUUGCAUACAUAGACGCUAUAAAUAAUAGAUGCAUCUGUUAUCAAAACUCAUUAGUGCGCAAACAGGAUAAAUUGUCAGCAGGGAGCAAUAUUUCCAGUUUGUCACGCCCAAAUGAUGAUGCUAUUGGAAACAUUUUACGCAAGUCUAACUCCAGUUCAUAUGCUAAUGUGCCAAACAUUAUCAUGCAAUAUGGUAUCGGCGGAACAGCAACAACUUUACAAUUUCAAAUUUUAUGUGUACUAAUGGCAAUUCUUCAUGAAUCUGAAAGCAACUCUGUUGGCUGCUUUUAUGGUUCGAAACCAUUUUACAAAUAUACUGUGAUAAAAACUCAUAAUAUGAACGACAAUGCGCUGCGAUCGUUACCUUCAGAUUCCUGGAUUUUCACGACAUCAAGUAAUUCGUUUACUUCUGAAAAGCAACAGCAAUUCGAUUUAAAUCAACGUAAAAUAAAAGAGUUGAAACUUAAAUGUCCAUACACAGCAGAUAUUGAAACUGUUUCAAAACGUGGCCAUUUCAUUGUUUAUGAGUACCAGUCAAUAUUCGGAGUUUCGAAUGAGCAGAUUAUGAAAGCACUUGAAUACUUGCGCUACUGGGAUAUACUUCGAUUAUGCUGUGGCAAACAGAUGUCAGCGGAUUGGCGAAACCGUUUAUCGCCGAGGAAAAAGUAUAGAAUGCAUCACGAUCCACAUAGUUCAACAUACCCAGCCUGCGAAAUGUACAGCAUUAGUGAGGUUGAAAAUCUAUUGAUAAAAACAUAUGUAUUCCAACGUUUUGCACAUAUAUCAUCACUACAUGAUAUUAUAGGAAAGCCAUCAAAUGUCGAUGGCGAAAUAAAUGGUCACUACUGUGAACAAUGUAACAGAAAUAUUUCAAUACAUCAUUUACAUUUUAAUGACAAUUGUGUAUAAUAUGUAAAUGUCCAAGUGGCAUAUCAUUUUGUCAUGCAAAGGCAGGGUAAUUAUUUUUUGUUAGAUUUUGUUUUGACAAAUCCAUAAAUCAUUCUUUUAUUUAUAAAAAACACGUAUUGUUUGUGAUCCUCUGCAGAGGUUCAAGGGAUUCGGUCGCAAUCACUAGCAUCUCAAAGGCUUCUGCAGACUGAUAUGCGAAAAGCAAAAUAGUUACGUAGAUAGUUUGUAUAAAAUCAAACAUAAAAAUAAAUUUCAUUCUGGUUUCAACUGCUUGUUCGUUUUUCUAUGUUAUUCAGUUAGUCGUGGUUGUAUGUCUAUCUUUGGUAAACGAGUGUCUGCACUAUCGUGGUGUACGUUGUAGUGUGACUGUUAUGAAGGAACGUGGCAUUCCCUUUGUAUAUUCGUCCUUGU